UGGGUGUGCCCCCAAACUGUAAAUCAGCGCUAAACACAAUAAACAUUUUCUGACUGUCCCGAACCUUGCAGGCCAUUAAGACCGUCAUGCAUUUACAUCCAAUAUAGACGCACCAAUCAAACGGUUGCUGAUAGCCCCAGGGACAAGUUAAGCUGUUGGGUUCCGUUUUCCCCUCAGAAGAACGUUGUCGGCGUAUUAUUCACGAAAAAUGGCCUAUGAGGGAAUGAAUGCCGCUGACAUUGUUGUCAUCAUAUUAUAUUUUAUAUUUGUGAUUGGUGUUGGUUUCUGGUCGAUGUACCGUACAAAUCGCAGCCAUGCUAAAGGAUAUUUUCUGGCCGGACGAAGCAUGUUGUGGUGGCCUGUAGGAGCCUCCUUGUUUGCAAGUAACAUUGGAACAGGACACUUCAUAGGCCUGGCUGGUACUGGUGCUGCGUCAGGAAUUGCUGUUGGGGCUUACGAGAUUAUGUCAAUAUUUGCUCUGAUUCCUCUUGGUUGGAUAUUCGUGCCAGUUUACGUCUCAGCCGGUGUUUACACAAUGCCAGAGUAUCUGAAGAAGCGCUAUGGGGGAAAACGACUGCGGAUAUUUAUGUCAAUAUUGGCCCUCUUUCUAUACAUAUUUACAAAAAUAUCGGUCGAUAUAUUUGCUGGAGCCAUCUUCAUUCAAGAAGCGUUUCCUCAAUGGAAUAUAUAUACGUCCAUUGGUGUACUUCUCGCCAUUACUUCCAUUUAUGCUAUAACAGGUGGUUUGGCUGCUGUUAUUUACACGGAUACACUUCAGUCUUUCAUCAUGGUAAUUGGUGGCCUUGUUCUGAUGGCUCUUAGUUACAAAGAAAUCGGUGGGUAUAAGGAGCUACAAGUACGAUACUACGAAGCAGUAUCCAAUGCAUCUCUCUAUAAUGACACAUUGUUGGAAUGCGGUAUGCCCCGUGAAGAUGCGUUCCAUCUGUUACGUCAUCCAACUGAAUCAGAUCAACCGUGGCCCGGUACGAUUAUUGGUAUAAUGUUUAUCGGUGUUUGGUAUUGGUGUACCGAUCAGGUGAUUGUCCAGCGUGCACUGUCUGCCAAAAACGUCACUCAUGCAAAGGCGGGCACUGUUGUUGCCAGUUAUCUGAAGAUUUUGCCAAUGUUUAUGAUAGUAAUUCCGGGAAUGAUCAGCCGCGUCUUAUUUCCAGACGAGGUAGCGUGUGUUGACCCGGAUAAUUGUGAAGCCGCCUGCGGAAGUCCCGUCAGUUGCUCUAACAGCGCGUACCCUAAACUUGUUCUAGAGAUCAUGCCUACGGGUGCAAGAGGUCUCAUGGUGGCAGUGAUGAUGGCAGCGUUGAUGAGCUCUCUAACGUCAAUAUUCAACAGCGGCAGCACUAUCUUCACCAUGGAUAUUUGGAGACGAAUUCGACCAAAUGCCAACAACACAGAACUUAUGGUUACUGGGAGAUUGUUCAUUGUGUGUAUGUUGGUGGUUAGUAUUCUUUGGAUUCCAAUCGUGCAGGCCUACCAAGGCGGUCAGCUAUUCGUUUACAUCCAAUCACUCCAGUCUUACUUUGCUCCACCGAUUUUCACUGCCUUCGUAUUGGGUGUUCUGUGGCGUCGUAUCAACGAAAAAGGUGCUUUCUGGGGCUUACUUAUCGGAAUUGCCAUGGGUGUGACGAGAAUGGUCCUGGAUAUUGUCUACCCAGCGCCUUUUUGUGGAGAGGGUGACACUCGACCAAAAAUUGUCUACCAGAUACACUAUCUAUACUACAACUGUGUUGUUGGAGCCGUGUCCAUCGCAUCAACGGUUAUCAUCAGUUUAUUGACGAAACCACUACCAGAUACAUUUAUAACCGGCAUGACAUGGGCAACGCGUGGGCAACACGCCAAUGAUAACUCAAAGAAUAAUACAGAUGAGCUUGAAAUGGAAACAUCGCCGGACGAAAAAAAUGAAGUAGAAACAGAGGAUUAUUCAAAUACCCCAAUUUGGAGAAGAACCUUGCGUUGGUUUUGUGGUUUAUCGGAUACGUCAGAGGACUCUACUCAGAAGGAUGACGCGUUGCUUACGUCAAUUGACGAAGAUCCAUUCUGGAGAAAGUUUUCGUUGAUAAACGCUGUCAUAGUUAUGGGUGUUGGUGUUUUUCUGAUGGGGUAUUAUGCGUAGAACACUCAUUAGACAAUACAGUAUAUACAGUAUUAUAAAAUAAUGUUUUCAGUUCCAGGCCUAUAGAAAACCUUUUCUCAAAUCAUCUCACGUCUCAUCUUGUGCAUAAUUCGUUCAAGCUUGAACGAUUAGUGAGAUUACUUUUAAAAAUUAAAAACAAUGCUUGUCUCAGUUAUGAGAUUGAACCAGGAUUUUACCUUUCUGUAAAAUCAUGUGACAUGCCUAAAUAUGGUCAUGAUGACAUCCCAUCAUGAUCAUAUAUAGGCACAUCAUGACUAUAUAUGGGCAUACAUCAGUUUGAUAAUCUGUCUGGACAGAGCUUGAGGUUGGGUCAGUGCAUACACAGUGUCUACAAACUAGCUAGCCGACUGAGCAGAGCUGUUCUAAGUCACUGGAUUUACGUUUCUUUGCUCUAUGCGUAUACCUACUGUAAUAGACUUAGAUAGAUAGUCGUAGUAUCAUUUAGGUUUUAAACCCCGAAUGUAUUCAGUAGCACUAUUUGUAGCUAGCAGAAGUGUUAUAAUCAGGCAUACUUUAUUUUAGUUCUGUAGAUUGAUUUUAUUUUUAGUUGGUUUUGGUUGGUUUAGUUAGUUAUACUAUCUCAUAUUAAACAUGAUUGAACAAGUGACUUA